AAGUGACCCAAUUUCCUCAAUUUCACCUUCCACUGUUCGCAGUCUCGCAGCAGCUUGCCCGCGUCGCCCCUCCGAAUCGCUCACCACUUGGCUUCACUCCGAGCACCGGUUAACGGCGUCGAUCAAGCAUUUGAUAUUCAUGUAAAUUGGUGGUCGGGAUCCUUGGUUGUUCAAAAUUUGAAGUGGCUUCAUGUUCUUAAGGAGAGGGUUUUCUUUAAUUAGUCCUCACUUUGUAUUGAGGGCCUGCAGUUUUGGCUCAAAAGCAUUAGCCAAGGGAAUCCUUGGAAGCGAGAAUGAAAGGGUAGCUCAUUCAGAUAGCAUUGUAAAUGGUUCAUCCACGACUCAGCCAUCUCCACUGUUUCCUGAGGGUAAACCUCAUUCGGUUGCUUAUGAUGUUGAACUUAUAGACGAUGAUACUUGGGCAGUUUCAUUUAGUUUAGCUCGAGCAUGGGAAGGGAGAGAGAAGGGCUCAUCUGGCUUUGAUAAUAGAUACUUCUUAGAGGAUGAAGAUCAUGAUCCAAUUGAUUAUUGUGAUUCAGAGUUUGAUGAUAUUGACAACAUGAGAAUCCGGGGAAAUCUCUUCUAUAAACUUGAUCGAGGUUCCAAAGAGUUUGAAGAAUAUAGCUUUGAUUUUCAUCGGAAGAAAAAAUCUAUAAAGGAAAAGGAAGAUACGCAGCAAAACAAAAGUAAAGUGAAUGAUAAACCCAAUAAUCAUUUGGCAAGUGGCCAUGUAAAGCUUCCUGAACAUGUGAAGAACAAAUAUGUAAUAAUUGAAAGGGAGAACAAUGACUUUGAGAAGAAGCUUAGGACACCCACGUUUAAUCAGCUUACUGCUCCUUACCAUGAGCCAUUUUGUCUUGAUAUAUACAUAUCAAAAGCCUCUGUUCGAGCCUGCAUCAUUCACCGGGUCACCAGUAAGGUGGUUGCUGUGGCACAUUCAAUUUCUAAGGACAUGAAAUUUGACCUGACUUCAAGGAAGGAUUCCUCUGCCUGUGCUGCUGUGGGGGCCGUUUUGGCCCAGAGAGCAUUGGCUGAUGAUAUCCACAAUCUGGUAUACACUCCAAGAAAAGGCGAGAGGAUAGAAGGGAAGCUUCAAAUCGUGCUUCAGUCUGUCAUUGAUAAUGGGAUUAAUGUGAAAGUAAAGAUUAAGCAGCAAAAGAGACCCAGAAAAGUUGGAAAGCCACCUUUAGCAUAAGUCGGAUGAAGAAAGAUCAUGAGGUUGCCCU